GCGUGGAGCUUGAGUUUGGCGUAGCUCCUUCUUCCGUGUGACCGGCAUCUCUCUUUUGUGCCGUCGACUGGAGCCGUCGGCGAGCUUGCCGGCUUCUGUUUUCUUUCGGCCGGAAGCCUCGACCAAGUACCUCGUCGUCUUCGGGGUGGUGACGGCGUCACGGCGUAUAGAGGCCCGAGCGACCCAAUCUGGCACUGGUGUCGGUCAUAUUCUUGCAUGCUGCGAUCAUUUAUUUGGCGAGAUUGGACUCUUGAUGGAACCUAAUCUCUGAAUUGUAUUCCCUUCCGUCGCUACCGUCAGUCUGCAAUCUCCGACAUGGGUGUGUUUGACAGUAACCAGUUGAAGGAUGCCGCCUCCGGUCGAGAACCAAGGCCUUCGUGGAACACACCGGCGGACCCUGCCACUGAUGAGCUAGCUGAGCAGUUAUCGGCACUUGGCAUGGGCGAUCCCUCUAAAGGCGGCCUAUUCCAAGUUAUGAAGGCCAUGGAAGACGCUGAGAGCACCAUCAAACAACAAUUGGAUGAGAAUAAUCACUUGAGAGAGCAACUUUUGUGGAGAACUCGUGAACUGGAGAAAUAUAAGUUAGAGUCUGUGACUAGAAGGGCUUCUGCUGAUGACUUGAUAGAUGAACCAUCCAUGGGAAUGUAUGAAGCUCAUGCAAACAAUUCUUCAAUGGAAAAUGAAGCAGACAAGGUGAAACUAAUGGAUCACAGGUUUUCAACGAAUUCUGAUGGUUUAGUAGUUCCAAGAGAUGGCAUCCGAGGAAGUGAUGGACCUUUCUUGCAACCUAACUUAAGAAUCCAUCAGUAUUCUGAAGGCAAAAAAGUGAAUGGAAAUUUAAAGGUCUCUGCUGGAUUGCAGAAUGGCCCUGACAAUCAAUCUCAGUUUUCAACACCUUCUUCAAGGUCUAUUUCUCCGACCAGGUCGCAUCGCAGGGAAGGAGAGUAUGAUCCACGGGGGCAUGGGCUGGUGUCAGUUUCUGAAAUGAACUCAAACGCACUCUGGAAACAGGAUCUGAUUAUCAAAGUUAGAGAACAUGAAGAAGAGAUUUCACUGUUAAGAAAACAUCUUGCCGACUACUCAAUGAAGGAUGCUCAAAUGCGCAAUGAGAAGUAUGUUUUAGAAAAACGCAUUGCUUAUAUGCGAAUGGCAUUUGAUCAGCAGCAGCAAGACUUGGUCGAUGCUGCAUCAAAAUCUCUUUCUUAUAGACAAGAUAUAAUUGAGGAAAACAUUCACCUAACAUAUGCAUUACAGGCUGCUCAGCAAGAAAAAACAACUUUUGUUUCUUCUUUAGUGCCACUUCUUUCAGAAUAUGGUCUCCAACCUUCUAUCCUUGAUGCUCAGUCCAUUGUCAGCAAUCUGAAGGUUUUAUUUAGACAUUUGCAAGAAAAACUCAUAAUCACCGAGCAGGAGAAGUUGAAAGACUCGCAAUACCAGUUAACUCCUUGGCAUCUAGAGCCGACAAAUGACAGGAACCUUCCUCCGCUAUCACCUUCUCAUCCUCUUGGUGCAAGCCUCGUCACGUCUAGCAAAGGCCUCGAGAUUGUACCACAACCAACAUUUUCUCAUGCACAAUCCCCUGGGUUCUCUCCAGCCGAUAGGACUCGGUCAAAAGAUUGGGAGGGACUCGGCAAUUAUAAUCAGCAUGCUAUUCCCAGCAGCACUACCACAAAAAAUGUGGAUCACAAUAAUUUGGAAGGAAACAUUCUUUCUGUGAAUAGGAAUGUGGCACAAGAUAUGCCAGCCCAUCUAAACAAAGGAUACCCUCAGGUUGUACAUUUCGGUGGUGAAUCAAGAAAUCAGAAUCCAUCAUUCAAGGAGCUUGCGAGAAGCAAUGAAACAGAUGAUUCUGAAGCAACUAAUGUUCACCAGGGGAGAGAACAUGUUGUUACUUGGGCUCCAGCAAAUUCUCCUUACCUAUCUUCUGGGCUUGAUGAUCCUAACUCAUCAUAUCCUUACCUUCCACCAGUCCUUGAGGAACCAAGUUCUUCUUUUUCUGAAGCUGCAGAAGAUGAUCCAUUGCCUGCAAUAGAAGGGCUUCAAAUUUCAGGUGAAGCUUUUCCAGGAAGAGAACUUCAAGCUGGUGGGUACUCCAUUAAUGGAACAACCAGUUGUAAUUUUGAGUGGGUACGCUAUCUAGAAGAUGGAUCAGUGAACUACAUUGAAGGAGCAAAGCAACCCAAGUAUCUCGUUACGGCUGAUGAUGUUGACUCGUAUCUUGCCAUUGAGGUUCAUCCUUUAGAUGACAGGAAAAGGAAGGGUGAACUAGUUAAGGUAUUUGCAAAUGAACAAAGAAAGAUAACCUGCGAUCCUGUAAUGCAAGAACAGAUAGAGAAAACUCUUUCAGCUGGACAUGCAUCAUAUGAAGUUGCAUUAUCGGCCAGAUAUUUGGAUAUUUGGGAGCAAGCUGUUUUAGCGAUCAAGAGGGAAGGUUAUAGUAUCAAGUGCAAUGGACCCCGUGGUGUUGUUGUUACAGAGAAGUUUUUACCAACUACCACCAUAACUAUUCCCUGCGGACAUGUAACAGAAUUUUCAAUCCAAUGUUCUAAUGGUGCUGAAUAUCUUUUGAGGGCCAGAGACAGCUGGUUAAGAGACACAGUUGUGCUAACCAUGAGAUUGUUCAAAAAGAUGGCUGUGGAGAAGAGGAAAGGGAGAAAGAAGCAUCUCUUUUUCAGAAGUACUGGAUAAUGCUGUACAUAAUUGUUUGGUAUGUUGUAGUGGCUUUCAUGAAUUCAUGAGGGUGCAAGAAAUGAAGUUUAAGAGCAAAAGGAGCAAAAAUGUAUCAAAAAGAACCAAAAAAAAGCUAAAGAAGCCAUGGGAGAAAAUUUGGCCUAACUCCUAGGUGUCAGGUUUUUCUAAAGGCUAGCGCCUAGGCGCGGCAGUUGGUUGUCUAAGCGCCAGAAGCGGUUACCUUUAUAUUCAAUUAAUUUGAACAAAUUUUGAAGAUGUGUCUGAAGCAACCCUUGGUGAUUUUCAGAGCUCUAAAUAUAGGAUGAAUUCCAAAUGAAAAGGUGUGUGUGUGUUGAGUCAUUUUUAAGUAGGUUGGACCACCCAUUGGAGUGGGCGACCACGAUAGUGAAAGUGUGAUGAGUCUUUGAAAUUGUGAGUGAUUGUGGUCUUGUGGAGUUAAAUUCAGUUAGAAAAAAUUACAGAAUUACUUGGGGAAAAUUUUGAGACAAGUAGUCGUACUU